UUUUCAAAUCUGUGAGCAGGAAGAGAGCUGAGAGGAAUACUGGGAGGGCGAAAAGAAAAACACACAUCUUUACACGGAUUACAUAAGUUAAAAAAUAUAUAUAUAUUUAUAGUAAAUAUCAGAAGUGUGGAAUAAGAGUUAGUGGAGUGAGUUAUAGAAAGUGAACUGGAGAACCAGGGAAAGUAAGAUUAAUCUUCAUCCUGUGCCGGUGUUUUCUGUCAGAAAGGGGAGAUGCAACAUGAUGUUGCUGUUGAGGACAGGCGCUUAAACAAGGAAGAGAAGUUGCUUCACUCACUCUGAGAGAGAGAGAGAGAGAGAGAGAGAGAGCGAGCGCGCGAGCUCACCCGUUCCGUUCUGUUAGCAUUAGCUUUACUCUCGGAUGAUGGCCCGGAGGAGGUCGGAGUCUCGCUGCGGGCUGUUGGCGGACAUCCAGACCCCGCUACUGCCCGAGCCGCUGGACUCGCUGUUCGACAUCACCGGCGAACUCGGCAGGGGGAAGUUUGCAGUGGUGAAGAAGUGCGUGGAGAAGACGACCGGGAAAGAGUUUGCGGCGAAGUUUGUGCGGAAACGCCGGCGAGGUCGUGACUGCAGGGCCGACGUCAUCCACGAGAUGGCAGUGCUGGAGGUGGCCCGGACGAACUUGCGCAUCAUCAACCUGCACGCAGCCUACGAGAACGAGCAUGACAUCAUCCUGCUGCUCGAGUAUGCGGCAGGUGGUGAGAUAUUUGACCACUGCGUGUCUGACGAGCUCCUGUCCGAGGGCCAGAUUGUCCGUUUAAUCCGACAGAUUCUUGAAGGCGUCCAUCUGCUGCACCAGAGCAACAUCGUCCACCUUGACUUGAAGCCUCAGAACAUUCUCCUGACCAGUUUGAGUCCUCUCGGAGACAUCAAGAUUGUGGACUUUGGGCUGGCGCGGCGGCUCGGCUCCAUCGGAGAGCUGCGAGAGAUCGUGGGUACGCCCGAGUAUGUAGCUCCAGAAAUCCUGAACUACGAGCCCAUUACUACCGCCACAGAUCUCUGGAGCGUUGGCGUAAUCACGUACAUGCUGAUCACCGGAGAGUCUCCGUUCGCUGGUGAGGACAAACAACAGACCUUCCUGAACGUCUCGCAAGUGAACGUGGACUACAGCAAAGAGGCCUUCUCUCGAGUAUCCGAGCUCGCUGUGCAUUUCAUCCGAAAACUGCUAGUCAAAGCACCAGAAGACCGGCCGAGCGCCGCAGACUGCAUGAGUCACCCGUGGUUGUGGCAGCAGUGCCUGGGAGCCGAACUCUCCCCCCCUCCGACGACGCCACGUGUUCCCCGAGAGCGCAGCGGCGGUGCCAAAUGGGCAUUGGCUCCUGAGGACUUGGAGGACAAGGAGAACAUUCUGGAUUCACCGCAGUCCAAGAGGUUCCGCUUCGAGGAGGACAUGCUGGCCCCGAGAGACAGCACCAGCAGCAUCUGAAACCUCUAUUCUGUAUAAUCACAUUCCCUUUUUUCUCUGUCCUUAUCCUCCGAAUCACUUCCGGGACCACACCAAAGACGCGAAUGAGAAAGCUAAUUACCGCUGCACAAUGCGUGAUAGGGUUUCUGUAACUCAAUCACCAUCGUCUUUAUUCAUCUCAGAUGUUUCAUCUCACCGCUCUGUCUCUGUUGUACGUAGUUUUAUUAUGUCUGUUUUUAAAUUUGCUCCAUUAUGUAUGUUUUUUCUUUCUUUCUUUUUGGAGAAUAUUUAUUUGAUAAGAUAAAGUGUGGAUUUUAAAAUAAGGGAAAAAAGAGGCCAAUGGUUCCUGUAAACCAGCAGUGUUUUAAUAGUAGGGAUGUUGGGUUUAGAGUUUCUGAUGAAUUAUUAUUAUUAUUAUUAUUUUGUUUUUUGUCCUAAAUAAUUUAGUUUAUUUUUGGUGCUCCAAAUCACAAUAUGCUGGACUGCAGGGAAAACUAGAAUGAACUCAAUGUAUAGAAACAGGGCACUGGUCAAAAAUUAGUUAUAUUAAUGCAGUAGUAAUGUAAUUAUUCAGGCCAGCAGUGCUGUGUGCAUGUGUGUGUGUUUGCCCUGUUUGGUGCAUAUUUCUCAAGUCACACAAACACACACACACUGCACCCUAAAUUACUUAGAUCUUCUUUUUUUCGGAAGUUCACUUCUACUUAGUCAUGUAUUUGGAGGACUGCCAUAAAGCACUUAAUCCCUUGACAUCUGUCCGCUUCGGUGAAAUAUGAAGAGAAGUAAAAAAGAAAAAGAAAAAAAGAUAACUUUUAAUCUGAGCUCGUUUUAAAUAGAUUUUUGUAGCGCUUAAAUAAAAAGCAAAUGAAGGCAGAAA